UUCUCGUCUCUCUUCCCGUCUCUCGUCUCCCCCGUCAUGUUGUCGCCCUUCCCUCCAGCGCAUGUCCGGCUGUACCAGGCUGUGACGGCUGGCGGGCUGGCUGGUGGUAGCCAGUGCUCCCCAGCCAGCGGGCAAUGAGCCAGGUGCCAGGGCAUCUCGAGCUGAGCAGGUGCGAUGCUCCCCAAGCAUCCCAGCACCCAGCACCCAGCAACCCAUCCUGAGUCCUCAUCGCCCUCUCCCCCCCAAAAAUCCCAUCUUCGAAGACGCCCCCCCUUCCCUUGCCUUCCCUCCCCCCCAUUAUCCAGUCCGCAAUCCGCGCACCCAAGCACAAGGUGCCAGCCAGUCCCCAAGCCCGCAGAGUCCAAGUCCCCCAACCUAAGCAGUGCAGUCACUGUUAUCACUCGUUCGCCCUCUCUCUCUUUUCGGCUUGGCCUGGGCUCUGGCCUGCACGCUCCUGCACUGGGACCUGUCUCGCUCAACUCGCACCGCACCGCACCAGCACCGGCACUCCUACCUUACUCCUACCAAGGUACUGCUGCUGCCACCACCACCGCUGGUCUCUACUACGCUCCUUUGGGGGACCCAUCCAUCUUUCUCUCCUUCGUGUCGUGCCCCCCUCUCUUCUUCUCUUUCAAUCUCUUUUCCACCCUCAUUUUCUCGACCCAAAACACCCUUCUCUCCCUCACCUCCGGUCCUCAGCACUCGAUUUCUUCCUCAUACUACGUUCUCUCGACUCGGCCCAGCUUUUCGAAACGCUCCGUCCCUCCCCGUCGACGAGGCGCAACCGCUCAACCCUUUCUUCGACUUCAUCCGUCUUCUGGCUUCGAUCGGUUCGUGGACACGCUCUUCGCGAUCACAACUCGAAAACUUUUCUACCACACGACGCUCACAACACACGCUUGUGAUAACCGAGUUGUGUGUUCUUGGUUUCGGGACGGCCGCGGUGUGUGAAGAAGCGAUUUGUUGGACCGUUCCUCGCCUCUGCGACGACCUGUCCUUUGUGAGCCAGACUCGACAAUCCCACCGAGUCCUACCUUCCCCAACUUCGUCGAGAACCCUCGACUCGAUCAUAUACUUUUCGCCGACGGAUGACGAC